AUGGCAUUGACAUUCCUCAUAUUAUUAUUUUAUUAUUAUUUUGAUUGCUUGGUGCUGAGAGAAACUAAUGUUGCAUUAGGACUAGGAGAACGGCCGGAGUUGGGAGAAGACAAAAACACAGUUGGCGUGAGUGUAAUUUCUAUUGAAAACGAAUCGGAAGAAGUGAAAAGUAAAGUGAAUCGAGAUGAAGUGGGCAAGGUGAAUAAUCCGGAAAGUUCGCUUGUUUCGGAAGAAAAAAUGAUUGCUGAAAAAAUCAGGCAAAAUGAUGGAGCAACUGAGCAAUGCGUCGACAUUCUCCAACUCUGUUUUCUUAACGCUGCAUUGGCAGAGCUCGCAUUAGUUUGA